CCCCCAGAGAGACAGCCGCUGCGAAGCAGAGGACAGCUCACAGCUUCACAUCAGAGGAUUAACAGAAACAGCAGCUCUCUGUUUCUCUACGAAUUAAAAGCUGUUUAAGAUGUUUUUUUCCGCCGUGUUAACGCUGCUUGUCGCCGCGUGCUCCCUGCAGGUGCGCUGUUUCCCACGCUGCCAGGAGGGUGACCUAACAGAUGUUGCUGAGGGACGGUGUCCUAUAAGUCUGACCUCCUCCCCCCUGAUAAGGGAAGACAGAGGAUAUUCUGAAAAAAUAACAGUCCAGGUUUGGAAAAACACUAAAGACUUUCAUCAGCUUGAAAUACACAGAGGACAUACACCACCUAAGCUUAUAAGAAAAUGCAAACAGAAAACAAAGAUGGAAUUCAGCAUAAAUUGUUGUUCGCAUCCAAGAAUCUCUUCACUGCACAAGCUGGAGUUAAAGUUCGAAGCUGAUGCAACAAGGAAUGUUUCAGUGUCCUUCAUCUCAAAAUCUUUAAACUGCAGUGUUUCUUACCUUGUUCCAGAUCCGUGGCCAAACUUCACUCUGUCUGUGAAUAAGUCGUCCAAAAUCAUUUCGGUAGACGUGGAUUCUGGAGAAGUGGUGAAAGUCAGGUUGUGUUAUGAAAAACACGGCCACUGCCACGGCGGAAACCCACAAGCCAUUAAUCGCUCAGCUGUUCUAAGCAUCCCCUACCUGCUGCCCUGUGUGUGCGUAGAGGUGUAUUACAACUACAUAGAUGCUGCAAGACAUAAAAAGUGCCCAUUUGAAAAUCAAAGCCUUAUUGACACCAAGGAUAUUCUGCAGAGCUCUACAGUGCAAGUGUUUACCUCUUACCUGUCAUGGAGCUCAGUGUGUCCAGCCCAGGCACUGGAUGUCUCUGCUGCCCUCUGUUGGAUGAUUCACAACCUUACCUGUAUACCGCUUCCCAACUCCACACUGGAGAGGGAAUAUGGACCAACUCUGAGAUUCAAAACAUCCACAGUGGAUAAACACCCCCAGAUAUGUGUGCAGUUUUAUAUUCAAAAUAACCACAAUAUCUCUUGCCUCUCCCUGGAAGAUAAACCUUCUUGGGAGACACAUGUCACAGCAGGCAUUCAAAGCGUGCGGGUCCAUAUUAUCUCCACUGUGCCUGCAAGGUUUUCAGCUCAACUCUGUGUCCUUACUGAGUCUGGUUGUCUGCCCAGAGGGCCACUCCACAUUGCAACAAUGCCCACUGAUCAGAGGAUAGUUGUACCCAUUCAAGACAUCACCGAGAAACCAUGUAUACAGGUGUGGCAGUCAGAUCCAGCUCUUAUUGGCCGCCGAAUCCUGUGCCCGGACUUCACACGGAAAAGGUGGGGUGUUUGUGCAGGUGGUGUUUUAGUAUUUGCAGUCACCGGCACCUUACUUGGAUUUCUCCUCCAUCGUGCUUUAAAAAGUGGAAUGGCAGGUUUGUUGACCAUUCAGAGGCCACUGCUGAUGGUCUGUUCGUCCAGUCAGUCGGCCCACAUCUCUGCAGCCUGUGCCCUGGCAUCGAUUCUGCAGGAGGAGCUGGGUGCAUCGGUGGACACCACUUUAUGGGCCCAGAGCUCUAAAACCAAGGCUUGGAAUGGCGCUAGCGUGGCAGAUCUCGGUCCACUUCCUUGGUUGUAUGGACAGUGGGAAAAUAUCCUUGAAGAAGAGGGAAAAAUACUGAUCGUUUGGAGUUCUGAAGCUAAAAGGAUGUAUCAGAGAUUAAGAACGAAAAUGGAUAAUAGCCUGAGACCUGAAAAAAUCAGAACAUUAAUGCCUGAUUAUUUAAAACCUAACGGAUGGAAACUUGGAAAAAAUAAAAAAAAUAAAUAUCUGGAAGAUAAAGGAGUUGAAAGUUUAGAGUAUGAUGACUCAGAAAAGGAGCCAUCUGCAGUGAUAGAGCCUGUGUUUGUUGGAGCUCUGGCCGCUUUAGAAGGGGCUCUGCAAGAGGGCAAGUGCAAAGACGUCACCAUUGUCUUCUUCCAGGGCCUCUGCCGCAGCAAGGACAUCCCACAGGCCUUCAGAGGGGUCCCUCACUACUGUUUACCACAAGAAUUCAGCGGAUUCAUUCAGGAGAUGACAGAGAUGAGGGGAAGGACAAAUAGCAGAGAGUCCAGAUGGCGCUGCUGGCCCAGACUCCUGUCUAAAGUUCUGUCUGUAUGGCUGGCUCGCCAGCUCACCCAAAGGCUACAAACAGUUCUACCUGACAAACGGACAGAAAGUGUCUCGUCUACCAAAACAUCAGGUCAGAGCGACUGCAAGUGAAAGCUGUCCUUUGCAGACAGGAGGUCCUGCACAUGUCGCCAUAGGAACAGUAAUGCUUUGAGCUCCAGUUUCAAGUGCCAGACGUUAGUCCUGCAGCGAAACAUGACACUCAAGACUCUGGAAGGUGUCAUGUCACUGGUGAGCCCCCUGAGGCUGCGUGCUGGAACCAGUCGAUGUUUUCCCCAAUUGAUUUGCAUAUUAAGGAGACGAAAACACGGUCCUAUCCAGUGGAUUGCAGCACUCAAAACAGAAGCUGCUUUAUACUAAGCUCUCGUGACAGAAGCCACAGUGAACACCUGCCUUAUCUCUGCAGAUAUCCUGACCAUUAUGAAAAUGGGCUUGCAAAUUAUUACCUCACCGCCUUUGUGUCCCUGCCUAGUGUGUUCGCACGCUGUGACAGUGCAGGUGACAGACAUUUGCGUAGGAUUUUCUAAACACGCGUUCAAAGCUAAAGCAGUCUCAUGAUUUCCUUUAUUAGAGAGCAGCAUGUAAAAAGAUGAAGAUGAAUGUCUUUUUUACAAGUUAACUGGAUGCAAAUGUUAAAUGUUUGUUGUUUGGACCCUGCAAGGUCAACCAUGUUUGCUUUUACCAACUCUGAUUGCGUUGAACACAUACUACCUCUUGUAUUCAAAUUUAAGCCAAGGCAUUGCGUUUACAACACUUUAUUUAGAUAAUUUAUCACCUGGAGUCAUUUGAACAGAAAAAGUUAAAUCCAGUAUUAAGUAUUUAUUUCAGUGUAACUUGGUACCUCAAUCUCAAAGCAUUAGAGCCAAAAAGCAUGACAGGUAUUUCCCCAUGUCUUCCCCACUUGUACUUCACAGACCCAUUAAAGGUCAACCGUAAACUAUAUGCAAAACAACUUUAAACUGUUAACUUACACCUCAGCAGGAUCUCCACACAAAUAUGAUUGCCACUUUAGAAAGAUGUUUGUACAGUUCUUGUUUGUUCUUGCUGCUUCUGUAAACAGUGUUUAAGGUGAGCCAAGCACUGUUGACAUUAUAAACCUGUGAAUACAAGAUAAUAAAAUGCUUACA